CGGCUUCGUUAAGAGCUCCUCCCUGCACGCGCGUCGCCAGUUCCUCGUGUCAGCUGGUCGUUCAUUCUUCAGCGGCGCGACUCCGAAGAGGGUAGCAGAGGUGGAGCGUGAGGAGGAGGAGGCGGAAACUCACCAAGAAAGAGGAAGAUAAACAGUGGGAAAGAGAGAGAGAAAAGAAGAAACAGAAGAAUAGGAAGGCCACGUGUCUCUUUGUCUUCCCAAAAUAAAGGCAACAUCAACUUUUUCUUUUCGUGUGAAGAGGAGUCUUGUUGGCAAGGCAAACAGGUUUCUGAAUGAUUGGACGUUGUUCUUUCCUUGAAGUUUUUGGAAAAAAGGAGAGAAAAAAAGAGAAAAGGGGACAGAAAGGGUGGAAGAAGGUGCUGUGGAAUCCAGUUGGUCAAAUCUCUAACACUUUUUAUCUGUGUUCUCCGCGUAACAGCAAAUAACAACAGCAAUAACAGAAACUCUAAAAGAAAUCUCCAUCAAUCACAGAAAUACAAAAGAAGAAAAAAGAGAAGAAAUUCCGAUUGAAAAAGAGUUCAAGACCAAUUGAAAUUCGAGCGAAACUAAACGAUUCCCAGUACAUAUCGAUCAAGUAAAAGACAAAAAAAAGUAGGGAAAAGUCGAAAAUAAAAGACAAAAAAGGGCCGAAGUUGUUAUUGCUUGAAUCUUCCCCUCGUGGUGUGUCUCCUCAAUUCACGGAAUCUUUUGCAUAUUUUGGACUGUUACCUGUCGUCUUUGUGGUUAAUAAGAGCCGAUAUUAAUAGACGAGGCCUCAUUUUUUGACUAAAGAAGGGCAUGUAAUAACAGGAAUAGGUGACCCAAAAGAGGAUAUAAUACAAGAAUUGAAUUUUUUUUGGUGUGAGUGAAAGUGACUUUUUGAACAAGCGUAGUGACGGUAAGAGAAUUGGUGAAUGGUUUAUAAUGGACGCCGCAUUUUAGCUAAAUAAUACGAUGAGAGUGUUAAAGGAAUGAUAAGAAAUAGUUGUGAAAGACCUAAUAUUGAAGUAGUAAGAGAGAAAGAGAGAGGACAAUAACCCAAUAACGAAAAUAUUCCAAACAAAAAUGAUGAAAAAAAUAACAUAACCAAUUGAAAACAUCAGAUUGAUCACCCCUUUUCAUAACAUUUAUUCCCGGAACGCAAACAGCAAAUGGGUGAUGUAAAUAUUAGUAUCGUAAAUUUCAAACAAAACCUAUGAAGAGAACAUAGCAGGCGCCACACCUCAGUGACAUUCAUUUGUUUAUUUACUUAGUCUUCUGUCGUGACCCUUUGAUAGAUGGGCUGUUGCCUGGGCUGUUGCCAAUGACUCUGCUGCAGCUUUCUAAAGGAAAACAAUUCGCUGCUCGUUAACCUUUGUUCAAAGCUGCUGGGGAUAGGAUAUUUAUCAAAACAGUUAGAAAUAAAACAUUGAUACAUUAAAGGAAACGGUCAGAAAUCUACCAUGUCUCUUUUGGAAUUUUGGAAUUUUGGAUGUUGAUACUUUGGAAAAUCAGAUAUAGUAGUUGAAGUUGAUAGCGAAUUACAAAAUUCCUUUGUGAAAUGUUUAAAAAGUGAGAUAUUGAUUAAAACUGUCGGAAAUCAGGUAUCAAUUGAAACCAGUAAAAUGGGAUGUUGAUUAAAACUUGCAAGAUGAAAACAUGUUACCUGAUUUUUUGAAGAUGUAGAUACACCUCUCCUUUUGAAACUCUUGGAAAGCGAUAUUACCUGGAAUUCCCGGAAAAUUAUAUGUAUAUUUGAAAUUGUCUAGAAAUCUGAUAUAUCGUAUGAAACAAAGAAAAGGCAAUCCCAUUUGAAUAUUAGAUUUCAAGAUAUUAAAAGCAGUUGAACUUGAAGAAUAUUCAUGACCGAUGGAAAGAUAGAGAAUUUGUCUUUGAUGUUUCUUAAAACUAUUAAAAAUAGAAAUAUUGUUUGAAGUCAUAGAAUAUAUAUUCAUAUGUAUUCGUAACGUAUUUGAAACUUUUAGACACAGUCUUUAGAAAACCAUGAAGCGCAUACGUGUGCAAAGCUGUUGCAAGUAAAAAAUAUUACAUAUAAUUUUAGAAAUAAACAAAUAAAUUGUUACAAGACAUUUCUGGAAAUAAAUUCAUGGCAUAAAGUAGUUUAAAAUAGAGAUAUAAUCUGAAAUUGUUAGUAAAGGAAAAAAAGAUACGAGGGAAAUAUAGAAGCUAAAUGAAAAAAAAGUACUGUGUAACUAUAAUCUAAAAAUUAAAAGAACAAUCGACAACAAACAAACAACAAACAAAAAAAAAAGUCAGUGACGUAAUCGAAUUAGAAAAAGAGAAGCUCAUGAACCCUGAGCAAGGAUGACAAACUGAAACAACAAAACAAAAAGGUAAAUAACAAUCCACAACAACAACAAAAAAAAAGAUAACAGAUAAAAUAACGGCAAAACAGCAAUAAAAGCAAAGAGAAUAAACUCCAGCAGUAAAACAAUAAACACAACAACAACAACUGCAACAACAACAGCAACAACAACAACAACAACAGCAACAACAACAACAACAACAACAACAACAACAACAACAACAACAGCAACAGCAACAACAACAACAACAACAGGGCCACCAUGGCUCCCCUCAUCAACCCAGAAGACGCGGUCGGGGUCCUCGGCACCAACCACGCCCCGCCUUCGCCCAACACGACCUUCGACCUGAACAGCCUCACGCAGGAGGACAACCUCGAGGGUCCCUCAACGGACGACUACGACUACGACCCCGACGUGUCCCUCAGCAUCUUCUUCUGGGAUGAGUUGCUUCCGCCCCUCAUCGUCUUUACCCUCACCCUCCUGCUGGGCAUCCUCGGGAACAGCCUCAUCAUCUAUACGAUCUGCAGAUACAGCAGGAUGAAAAGCACGACAAACGUCUUCCUGGCUUCUCUUGCGUCAGCUGACCUUCUCCUCAUCCUCAUCUGCGUUCCUGUGAAGACCGCCAAAGUAUUUGCAUAUUCGUGGACCUUCGGCUGGUUCCUGUGUAAGGGCAUUCACUACCUGCAGAACGUCUCGGCCAUUUGCUCCGUCCUCACGCUCACCGCCAUGAGCAUGGAAAGAUACUACGCCAUCUUAUUUCCGUUCCAAUCGAAGUACAUCCUGACCAUCCGGCAGGCGAAGCGGAUGACUGGCCUCGUCUGGUUCCUCUCCGUCAUUCUCUCUGUACCCAUCCUCUUCGCACAGGUCCACACCCAGGUCGGCGAGCGCGUGGUCUCCUACUGGUGUCACCGCGACUGGGAUAACGUGUUCCUGUGGCGAACCUACGAACUGUACAUGCUUCUCGUUGUGUUAGUGAUUCCUACGCUGGUGAUGGGCUUCGCUUACACGGCCAUCGGCUACAAGCUCACCAAGGUGAUGAUCGAGAGGUCGUCGCUCGUCGGGUCGGGCCAUUUGGUGUCGAGUAGGAGCCGAGAUGACGACAGGGACGUUCGCCAGAUCGUGACAAUGCUGAUCGUGGUCGUGGUGCUGUUCAUCAUUUGCUGGGCGCCUCUCCUCAUCACCAACGUCAUAAAAUCGUGGAGGUUAAUGCCUCUUUUUGAACCACACUCAUUCUACAAGCAUCUGCUCAACGCGGUUCACCUUCUGGCUUAUUUUAACAGCUGCAUCAACCCAAUCGUCUACGGAUUCUUGUCCAAAAAUUUCCGCGAGAGUUUCUACGCUGCGCUUUGCCCUUGUCUGCGGCCCGUGCGACCCCCGCUCCGCCAGAUGUCGCUCUCACACACGAGAACCACCUCCGUCGGGUACAAAGAGAGCAUCAGACUCAGCGUAAGGCACGCUAACCGAGCCACCAAUGUGUGAAAUGUUGGUCAAGAUCUGCAUUUUUAGGGGGGAAUUUCCGUCGUGGGUGUGUAGGGUAGGAGAUUAAUAUGCUAAGUGGUUCAUUAAGAGGUAUUUAGAUGGACUUUAAUUAAGUGGUAUUUAGAUGGAAUAGUAUUUUAGGUCGAUUUAGAUGAGGUAUUUCGAGGGAUUUUAUUUUAAGAAAUGUAAGUUGUUUUACUAUAAAGUGAGAAUAUUGUUUGGAAUUUAAAGACUUGAGUAUGAAAAAAAUUGUAAGAGGAUCGGGAGAUUUCUUUUUUUUUCUACAGUCGGGAAAAGAUUUGAAAAAAAAAAGAAAAAAAGGGGACUUGAGUGCAUUGACAGAGAAAAGAAUCUGGAAGGAAGUGAAAACCAAUAAGAAUUCAGAAAACAAGAAGUGAAAAGAAAACGAGGAAAGACGAAGAGCAGAAAGCUAAAGAGAGAGAAAAAAAAAGAACAAUAAGACCUACAAAGACCCGUCCUUCCAGGCCCCACGAAGCCAAGUUAGGACUUUGAGGCGAUUCCCUUGAGGGGGAGAUGACCUUCCGAGGACAAUCAAGGGAACCCAACCUUCAAAGAACUAACCAGGACGAAGGACUAACCAGCACAGUGGACUUACCAGGACAAAGGACUAACCAGGACACGCGGGCGACCUUCCCACUGGGGCAUCACAGUGUUUCCCAAUCGAGGGGGUGUCGGGGAGAACCCUCGGGGGAGAGAGAGACCCUUUCGGACGAAGGUGGUCCUUGUGAAGACGACCUUUGCCAAGGAGGGCGUUUGCUGUGUGACUGUCGUGUGUUACCGUGUCCUUCGGUGUAUGGGACGCACCUUUGCCAGGGUCCUGUUCCCUACUUCGAAGGAAUAUGAGUAGAAACGAAGAUGAUGAAUAUUUUGGAACGGAGGAGAGAUUUAGAAUGUGUACAUAAAUGUUACGCUGUUGCUGUUGUGUUUUUGAUUUUAGCUUACAAGACUCGAGAUGAUUUUGAGAACCCUAUUUCGGGGAAAAGAGUGCGUCUAAUACACCGAAAAAAGAGAAGUGUCAUUAGUAUAGUGAUGGUUAUUGGAAGGUUUUAUACAGACUGUUAAAAGACAAUGUAACGUUUUCUUAUCUAUUUACUGUUUCGGAAAGACAGAAAGAGAGGAAAAAAGAAAAUCACGGCUGUAAAUUUAUCUUGAAAAAUCUAUCUUGUUUAAAUAAAGCUAAUAUAAUCGUGAUAAUUUACUUGUGUGUAAUAUCUUUAUAUGUACAUUUCAUAUCAUUUGAAUAUUAUUAUAAUGCGGUGAUUACAUUUAUGAUUCAACAGGAACGACAGGAGAUAUUCUACAUAUCAAGUGAUUAUAAAAGAUUGUUUAUCUUAUUUUAUAUUAUGUUGUCUGUGGCGAUUGCGUUUGUCUGUCGUUCUCGAAUACUUUAUGGUGACAGUAAAGCAAUGCUGACAAAGAUAAAAAAAAAAAAAAAAUGACGUCUAUGUAAUGGAAUAAAGCGAAAUAAAAUUC